AGCUCUAGCUAACACUCGAGAAGCUUGAUAAAUGGACGAAUGUCGCCAUGUCUCUUAUCAAUUGCGGCGUAGACUACACCCCAACAUUCUCAGUUUCCACAUUUGAUGUUUUCUACACCACUCCCUUCGCCUGAUCCAAUGUUAACUGGCUCAACAACUACUAUUCAAGCCAUGACAGGCUGGAGCCACGGCGAGGUAUGGCCUAGCUUUAGCCGCGGCGGGGCAUCAUAUAUAUUGGUGCCCGAGGAACACACUACGCUCAUGGAUUUUGAGUAUGUCCCGCAGUUCCAGAAGAUCUUCCGCAGUCUGGAGGUUCGUGGGUUGUAGACAUUUGGAGGUGCCUAUUUUGGUUGUAUCUUGUCUCUAAUCGAUGAUGCCUU